CCGGAUGAGAGGGGGCCAGGCACGUUGUGACCUGCUGUUCACAAGUCACUGAAUCCCCGUCCGCCUGAAAGUGAGAGAGAGGCAGAGAGGCUCCGGCGACUCCGGCGACCACGGGUCGGCAGCUCCGGCGACCACGGCUCGGCAGCUCCGGCGACCAGGGUGUUCCCCAUGGUGGUUCAGCUCCGACUCGGAUUCCAGGAUCUGCAAACCGAGCCGGUCUCCGGAUUCGAUUAGUUCGGCCGCCGGCUCACAAUAUAAACAAGGAGAGGGACUCGAAGACUCUCACCUCAUUCUGAGAUUAGCGGCCCUAAGAUCCUCGUUGUCGUUUCUUUUACCUCGUCGCAAUCAAAAUCAGACAUUGUAUCUCUUUAGAUCCACAGCCAGGGAAGGCAUACUGAUUGAAUUUGGAGGCAAUGUCUAAGCGUCAGCACUGGCAACUCGACGGCGACCGCGCCGUAAGAAGGCCGCGGCUUGUGCCGAAGAAGCACCUCUACGUUGUGCUGGAUGACUGGGACAAGGGCUUCAGCAUCUACAAGAUUGAUGCUGACACUUUGCAAUACACCUACGCCGACGACCUGCAGGUUGGGUUCCCUGGGAAGGCUGUCCUCCGGUUACCGGCACCAGUACAUGGUCUUCAUAUGGGCUUCACCGCCCUGGGCAGCAACAUCCUCAUCGCCACCAACCCUCGUUGUCUACAGACUCCCGCCCUCCUCUACGACACCGAGACAGCAGGACUCACCAUUGGCCCUCGCCUACGGCUUUCACUGCUUGCCUGUGACACCAUCGCUGUGGCUGCUGGUGGUACACUCUACGCUUUGACACGGCGCCAUAUCAACGAGCAGCACUUUUUCCAGGCCAUGUCAUCGGCACCAUUGGAGAACGAUGAGCCGUGGUGUCCUAGUCCAACCAUGAGAUGGUCCUGGAAAAGCAUGCCCUCACCGCCACCAUUUGACAUGGAGGAUCAAUUUACUUCCUACGCGCUUCACCCGGAUGGGCACACUAUUUUUAUGUCGGCGCGCGAAAGGCACUAUCCGUAUCUUCCCAGUGGCACCUUCUCCUUCGAUACCAAGAAUUCUGAGUGGAGGUGCCAUGGGGAAUGGGCGCUGCCUUUCCAAGGCCAAGGUUACUUCGACAGCGAGCUUGAUGCAUGGGUUGGGCUUCGUAAGGAUGGGUACAUUUGCUCCUGUCAAGUCCCCUCCCGCAGCAACACAAGUACCGUGGAGCCGGAGUGGAAGAUGGUCAGGGAGAAGUUGUUCUUCAAGGUCCCGGAGAGGCGACUGAAAUCGGCAAGGGCCACUCUCGCGUACAUGGGCAACAACAACUUCUGCCUUGUGGAGUUUUUGCAACGCGAGGGAGUGGAGUUUAAGCACGCCUUUGGUGACCGUGAUGGUUGUGUGCUCCAGAUGAGCACGUUUGGCCUUAAGUAUGAUCGUAAGGGACAACUGCAAACCAUGCGCCACCACACCAACUCCUAUGUAGUGUCUAAGCAUCUCCAAUCGUUUUCUCCAGUAGUGUUCUGGAUGUAAACCUGUUUGACAUGUUUUAUGCAAACUAUGUUCCAGUAAUGUAUAUUGUGAUAUAUGGCACUAUAAAGAAAGAAAAGGCCCGCUUCUCUUGGCAA